UAAUAAACGAUACUGGCGCGUUUGGUACUCGAAGUCGAACCAUUUUGCGAUCUUCACGGCAUUGUGAUAUUUGCACCGGUUCGCGAUAGGUUGGAAUACGUUCUCGUUUUGCAACUUUCGAUUACAUUUCCUAACAGGCAAUUUUAUUUGUUAAAAUUACAACAAUGUUCGCGGCGAGACGCACUUUGUUAUCCAGUACAAUCAAAGAUGCAUUUAAAAGGUCGAAGCAUACACUUCCUGAGUUACCCUAUGAUUACAAAGCUCUGGAGCCAAUCAUAUGUGCUGAAAUUAUGCAGCUCCAUCACUCUAAACAUCAUGCAACAUAUGUGAAUAAUUUAAACGUUGCUGAGGAGAAGCUGAAAGAUGCUGUGGCAAAAGGAGAUGUCAACACACAAAUUGCACUGGGACCUGCAAUCAAAUUCAAUGGUGGUGGUCAUUUGAAUCAUUCGAUUUUCUGGUGCAAUUUGUCGCCAAAUGGUGGUAAACCAGAUGCUGCUCUCGUUAAACAAAUUGAAAAGGAUUUUGGUAGCAUGGAAGAAAUGAAGAAACGCCUAUCUGAAAGUACUGUUGCAGUCCAGGGUUCUGGUUGGGGUUGGCUUGGAUACGAUAAGCAGGCAAAGUCGCUAAGGAUAGCGACAUGCAGUAAUCAGGAUCCAUUGCAAGCGACGACUGGUUUAGUACCGCUUUUGGGCAUCGAUGUUUGGGAACACGCCUAUUACUUGCAAUACAAAAAUGUUCGACCGGACUAUGUUAAAGCGAUCUUCGACAUUGUUAAUUGGAACGACGUUAGUGCUCGUUUCAAGAGUGCUGCUGGAUGUUAGAGUAAAUGGUUACAUUUAGUGAUUGCAUCUGAGACUACGUUAGUAUCGAUACCGGUUAUUUAGUACGAAUUUUUUUCCUAAACAUCAUUUCGUAUUUUUCGUCGUCUUAAUUAUCCUAAUAAGGCGUUCACAAUUUUAUAUUUACAUAUAUUUCAUAUGUACUGUACUCAUAUGUAAUAAUGAACCUAUCAAAACAAAUUUGUUCGUCUUUAUAUUAUCAGUAAAGUAUCAUUUAUAUUUUA